GACUAUGUAUGUGCUUGAUUCAUGAAAUAGCGCUUCUUUGGUUUUUUUUGCUCAUGUAUGCAACGUUUUAUAUAUAGAACAGUAGAGUAAAAAUGCUGAAACGUAAUCGGGCUGUUCUAGAAAGAGGGGAAUCCUCAACAUCAUGUUCUGGUUGUGUUGAAAAUACAAAAUACUCACGGUAUAAGCGAUCAAAGACCAAUGAAUUUAAUACUGAUUUCUUUCCUAAGUACACGGCACAACAUGCAAGAGAAAAUCGUUAUGCCCGUAAGUUCAAGAAGCAGACAAAAAUAGUUCAAUCAACGCCAUUGUGUGAUGCCAAUGGCCGACCACAUUUGCCUCUAUACGAAAAGUAUACAGAUGCCCUCAAAGGUAAUAUACUAAAUUUGUAUGACCCAAUUGAUGCUCACCUGUUCCUCUUCUACAUUAUAAAGUAAAGUAGGUUAAAAAAAAUUAUCCUCUUGCUUCAUCAGCGACGUAUCGUCGCCAGUCACAUCUAGGAGGGCCUUGUUUUAGAUGCCAGCACUGUGGUUCAUUUUUCUGGUGGAACAAACGUGUGGAGAAAGAUUCCAGCUGGUUGAGUAUUGUGUAUAACCGGUGUUGUCGUGCAGGUCGGGUGCACUUACCUGAAUUUUUAGCACCACCUCCGGAUCUUGCACACCUUAUGCGAUUUAAUGGUGGCCGUGAAAGUCGCCCAUUUGCUUCUGUUGGAUCUUAGUCCUUCCAAGCGGCGUGUCACUGUCCGUGCACGUGUUGCCCGUGUUUGGGAAUUCACCAAGAAUGAAUUUACACAUCUCGACAUCGUUCUCAUUGAUGAGAAGGGGGACAAGAUGUAUGGUGAGGUAGCAGCCCUCCAUGCAGACAAGUUCAGGGAGCAACUGACCGAGGGCACUGUUUUCCUCAUCAAGGACUUCUUCGUGCAGCAAUCAAAGAACAUGUACAAGGCUGUUGAAGGGGAAUUCAUGAUCAAGUUAACUCCAUGGUCAAAGGUCGAGGUGCAGCAGAAUGUGCCUGCUGAUUUUCCUCGCUACACCUAUUCACUUACUGAUUUUCAGCUUUUGCCCAUCCUUAUCCGACACACAGACUCAUUUAUAGAUGUACUUGGAAUACACUGCAUUCUCAGGUCUUCUAAAGGUCUGGUUACCCGGUAAAUCCCAGGAGUCAGACAAAAGGAACUUGCAGAUAACUGACAUCGAUGGAAACAUCAUGGAUGUUGCUCUAUGGGGAACUAUGCGCUAUCUCGGACAAUGGUACCUGUACGUACCAAUCAGUUGAAACACAUCAGGCCCAUGUAUUCAAUAAUGACAACGCUACAAAAUGUCGCUCGGACAACUGAUGGCCUAGGGGGCUACAAGGCUGAUGAUUUCUCCAAUCGAAUUUUCGUCCUCCUUCACCUCACGGCUAGGAGGACUAUCACCAUAACAGGGUUUCAAAGCAGACGGUUCAAACAAAUGAACGAUACUAAUGAAGGAAUUUCAUGCAAAUUUAACUAUCAUAUAUGUAAAAACUAUCAUAUAUGCAAAUUUAACACCUCUUUGGUUUUGUUCCUAUCA